AUGGCAGGUCCGAGCCUGAACUGCUUCAGCGUUCUUUGCAUGUGUUUAUGUGUGAGGUCCCUGUGCACCGCACCCCGCUGUCCAGGAGUUCACACCUGGCACGCAGUCACUGCAAUGCGAGAGACCUGGGAGGCUGAGCUGUCAGGUAUCAAUGAGGGGUCGGCUGCGGAAUUUUACUUGCCCAACUGUUCCAGCUUGUCAACCUUCGAGGUGGUUUCGGGACAGCCUACUGCUGGCUUCGCAUUCGGGCCACGUGCCGAUUUCGACAUUGCAUACACCCUUACAGUGGUCAGAAGCAGUGCGGAGCCGGAGCCCUUGAAUCUACUGAGCCCUUCUAGCCAAUAUCAUCGCUCUGGACGGCUCAUGGAGAAGUCAGCAGGAAAGAAGGACUGUGAAGACGACGCCGACGGUUGUUUGCUGCAGCUAGCUGCAAGCUCUGCUACCACCUUCACCAGCAUGGCUUGUGUCUUCGUCAUCACGGCCAAGGGGCCUGCGCAGCCUGAUGUUCGUGCGGAAUCAUUCAACGGUGCCAUUUGCCACUGGCAGGUGAAUCCGGGAUAUGGCGAGAAUUAUCACGUGGAUUUCAAUCCAAACUGA